AUGCACCGCACGUCGUACGCGUCCUGGGCCACGUUUGACGUGGAGAAGGAGCUCGAGCGUGUCGACGAAGCGCAGAAGCGUGAAGCACAGCAGAAACAGGUGAAGAAACAGCUGCAGGCCAAGGAAAACGUCGAGAGUUCGGCGACGCAGGCAGCGCAGCACUCCGCCGAUAUCUUGGCGGCCCAAGCUGCAGUAGCGGCUUUGAAGAUCAAGAGGAAGACCCGCAAAGGCGGCCGUCAAAAGGCGGGUAGAGGAGCUGCAGGUGUCGAUGCUGACACGGAGAAAGCUGCUGCGGAAGCUGCUGAGCUGCAGGCGCAGGCGAAGCUUUUCGCCCGAAAGCACGAGCUGCUGCAACAGAUUAUGACGAAUCGUCGACGAGGAGACAGGUUAAUCGCUCACGAAAAGCAGGAUUGGAAAGCAGCCAGAAAGGUGUAUGAGACAGCUUUAGCUGCCACGGCGGACUUGGAGGCGUUAGCGCCGUCGCUGCAAACCGUCGAGGCGACAUGGCUUGCAACAUCGAGCGAGCAGGAUACGUAUCCUGUUUCAAGACAGGAUAACACCCGCGGCCACGAAGUCGCGAGACCAUGUUGCGGCGACAAACACGUGAGCAGUCAGAAGCCGAACGCGAACGUUUCGCUCCCGAACGCAAACGAUCUGCUGGCGAUCAUCAAGAUGUUCUACAAGGACGUAUACGAAGGAAUCGGCACGUGCGAACUUGGAGAAAAUCGACUGGCUGCAGCCACAGAGGCGUUCAAGGAAGUUUUGCUUCGAGAUGAUGGGCAGUGGACUGCAUGGCUUAAGCGAGGCGAAGCAUUUGAAAAGAUGGAGGCGCCGCUGCUGGCAAUGCUGCAUUACAACCGGAUUGCAACUAUGGAUACGAAACAUGCGAAGGCAAAAGAGGCACUGGAACGCGUCAAGACAAAGCUGCUUGUUGAAGGAGACGCGUCUAGUGACAAGGACACGAUCCAGAGGGCGGUAUCGGCAUGCACUGAAGGACGGACACUGCAAGAGGCACUCGAGCAAGUGCGCUUGGUGUUUGAAGCGGCCACCGUGUUGGCUGUCGAGGGGUUCUAUGGCUAUUCAGCGACAAAGUUUCAGAUUGUGCUAGGAUGCUUAGACGCAGUGCGAGCACGACCAGAGACAAGCUCUACCAACAAUGACGCAGUGUUACCUGUGCUUCAAGAGCUCGAGAUCUCGUGUCACUUGAAUAUCGCGUGUGGCUGUCUCGAGACGCAGCGAAAUUACGUGCAGGGGCUUGCUCACUGUGAGCAAGCCAUUCGAUUGAACGGUAAACGUGCAAUCACACAUGUCCGCAAAGGCCAGUUGUACCACGCGCUACACAACUAUAAGGAAGCCCUCGACUGCUUUAGAACAGCAAAAUGUUUGGUCUCUGCUGCAGGUUCUGAGCAUACCGAAGAGCAAUACGAGUUGGCGCUGACGACGAUUGACAAAGCGACAGACAAGUGUGAGUUCGACCGCAGUCAAUACGACAUGGAGUACCUGCGCACCCUGGCAGCCAAGCAGUCCAAAGAUUGA